UCAAGCUGCUAGUUGGGGGUGGACUGAUGAUGGCGCGGGGUUUAAGCUGUUAGCUUGGCGGCGGAGAAAGAGAGCGUGAAAAAACGCAAAGAAUGGGGAAGAGAGACAAGAAACAAAGGCACCAACAAAGAACAAGUCAUAGAGGUGCAGCCUCUUAUUACACCGUCCAACAUGAUGACGAUUACGAAGAUGAAAGCUCCAGUUUUCAACAGCCUCCUCAAGAUUCUGAAGAACAUCAAGAAGAACAAGAUGAAGACCCAGAGGAAGAGGAUGAAGAAAAUGACCCUAAUCCGUCAAUUGAAAUGCCAUCAAAGUUCCUUCUUUACCAACAAUCAGUACAGUCACCAAAAGGAGAUAUAAGCUAUUUGCAGAAGUUCUUUUUGAUGUAUGUGGGUGGAAGAUUGCCUUUGCAUCUUCAAGAAGAUUUCUGUGGCACUGCACUUCUUAGUACAGAGUGGCUUCGAAGUGAUCCUAGACGGACAGCUGUAGGAUUGGAUCUUGACCUUGAGGCAUUGCAGUGGUGCCUGGAGAACAACAUCAACAAAGUUGGGGCUGACGGGUAUUACAGAAUAUCCCUCUUUCAUGGGAAUGUACUGAAUCCUCGAGAGGCAAGAUUAAUCGGCUUCGAGGCCCAAGAACUGAUAAGGAACAUUCAGCUGGAGGAAGGUGAUUAUGAUUCCAAGAUUGCUACAACAGAACAUAACAUGCUUGAGGGUUCUACUGUUUCGAUGAAUGAAGAGUCCAUUAAGGCGGAUGCUAAAAGACCUGCAAGAGACAUUAUAUGUGCUUUUAAUUACAGCUGUUGUUGUCUUCAUAAACGUGCGGAACUUGUUUUGUAUUUCAAGCAUGUUCUUGAAGCCUUGUCUAAAAAGGGUGGUAUAUUCGUGAUGGAUUUAUAUGGUGGAACAUCGUCCGAGCAGUCCUUAAGACUUCAAAGGAGAUUUCCCAAUUUUACGUAUACUUGGGAGCAAGCUGAAUUUGACAUCAUCGAACGCAAAACAAGGAUCAGUCUCCACUUUCAUCUUCAAAAGCAGCAGAAGAAACUUCGCCAUGCAUUUUCAUACAGUUGGAGGCUGUGGUCGUUGCCGGAGAUUAGAGACUGUUUAGAAGAGGCCGGAUUUCCAUCGGUCCAUUUCUGGCUUCGAAAGAUGCCAGACACUAAUGAAAACAGAUGCACAGAGGGAUUUGGAAUUGCCCGAGAUUUGAAGUAUGAAGAGGUAAAAACUUUCCCUCAAGAGGAUGCUUGGAAUGCAUAUAUUGUUGCCGUAACGAAAUAGAGGCUUCAGUUUUAUCUUUUCCGAUGAACCAACCUUUGGGUUGCCUCAUGCUCGAAUAGGAGAGAGGCAGGCACACCAUGGACAGCUUGUUUUCAUAGUUGUAAAACUCACAUUUUCUUAGAUUAUAGUACUUCCAAUCUUUUCAUGUUAUCACAUUACUUGAAUUAUUCUGUCAUGUUUCGUGAAUUCUGAAUUAUUUAGCAUUCCAGUCAGUGUGCUUUAAAAUUUCUCGAGUAUGCUGUUUCUG